AUGGCUGAUAAUGAGGGUGCGUCACCAAGAGAACAAAUCGUCGAGGCCUGUCGAAGGGACAAUGUCGAGUUGUUCCAGGAGGUUCUAGGUGGCAUGAGUGGUCAACCCGCAGAGAAGAUUGCCGACUUCUUCAACACCACAACUGAUGUAAUGGGCAAUUAUCUUCUGCAUGUUUGUGCGACAUAUGGAAGCUACGAUGUAAUGGAUGAGCUGCUGAACAUUGAGUACCUCGAAUGUGACCCAUUUACACGACGUGAUAAGGAGACGCCCAUACAUACUGCAGUCAGAUACGCUACAGAACGGGACAUCGAGAUAGGUACAGCAAUGGCAAAGAUGCUUGUGGAUGCUGGUGGAGAUCCUCGGACAAAGGACAAGCAUGGAAGAACGCCUGCUCAAAUGUGUGAUCCCAAGACGAGCGAGCUGCGGAGCUGGCUCAUCAGCCAGGAAUACAUAUUGAGAGAAGGUCUCAAACAAGAAACGCAAGAGACAGACGGAGACGAUGGACCUACAGGCUCCGCUUCAGACUCUGAAUAA